AUGGGUUACGUCCUCUUCUUCCUGGUCUUCCUCGUCCUGACGUCCGGCACCGGUCUCUACCUCACCCGCCAGCGAUGGCUACACCUCGUGCCCGAGGUCUACAUCGGCCUCCCGCGCCCCGGGUCCAUCCUCUACGAGCGCCUUCCGUUCUCGUUCACCAACUCGGCCCUGUACCAGCGCCUGCCAUCCACCUUUAGCGGCGACAUCGAGGCCGGUCUAUCGAGCGACACGUUCAGCCUCGCCGGCAACGUCGACUCGGGCGACUCGCGCGCGGGGCUGGACGACGCCGCGAAAGCAGAGAUCCUCAAGAUCAUGAAGAAGCGGCGGAUGAAGUUUGACGAGGCGCGCAGGGUUUACAUGGAGCGCCGGUUCAGCCAGAACAACAUUGGCCCGGACGGUCGGCCCAGAGACCCCAAGCUCGUCACUUUCUCAUGA